AUGACGACCAAAUACCUCGCCGUGUCUGUUCCUUCUUCAAUCACUCCCUCCGGCCACAAGGAUGAUGCGUUUUCUUCUAUACAGAAAACCGUGAACCCUUCCAAUGGCGAAGUUUUGCCUUUCCCCGUACCGGAGUUCAAGAUUGGAACGCUCGAUGCAUUACUACAGCAAUCGGAAGAGCUGGCCAAACUUGAGGGCACCUGCAACUCCGUGGUGAGCAAGGUUGGGGAUACACUGAGGAACAUUCUUGAUGGGGAUGAAGAAAAGAUUGCCAUGCAUAAGAAUGUGAAUGACAAACCUCUCGAACAGUAUCUACGAAGUUUCUCAUGGAACAAAGUCAAAUACCGCGCCGAUAAGCCGUUGUCGGAGUUGAUUGACCUUUUAACAAAAGAAGUCAACUCGAUCGACAACGACGUCCGAUCCAAAUACAACCAAUACAACUCGAUCCGCACAAAUCUCCAGACGCUUGUGCGGAAACAGACAGGGAACCUUUCCACCAAGUCGCUCUUGAGCAUCGUCCCUCCAGAUGUCCUGGUCAAGGGUUCAGAGCAUCUGGACACGCACCUCGUGGCAGUUCCCCUUUCCAGUGUAAAAGACUUUUUGCGCUCUUACGAAACACUCGCACCCAUGGUCGUGCCUCGCUCGGCCCACUUCGUGGCCUCCGACGCCGAAUAUAGCUUAUACGCAGUGACACUGUUCAGCAAACAUGCACAGGAAUUUGUGCAUAAGGCGCGGGAGAAGAAGUGGGUACCGCGGGACUAUAAGUACAAAGAAGGUGGAAAGGAAGACGAAGUAAAAGAGCUGAAGCGGGUCGAGGCUGAGGAGAAGAGGGUUUGGGGUGAGACAUUACGGCUGGGCCGGACAGGCUGGAGUGAGGGUGUUAUGUGUCUGGUGCAUGUUAUCGUUCUCAGAGUCUUUGUCGAGACGGUCCUGAGGUAUGGCUUGCCCUUGGAUUUUGUAUCAGUCUUGAUCAAGACCGAUUCAAAGCGCGAAAAGAAAGUCCAGCAAGCCCUCGAUGCAGAGUAUGCCUACCUAGCAGGCAACGCGUUUGGACGGGAUAGCAAAGGACGCCUGAAAAAGGACGAAGGCAUGGGUUCCGCUGAUCUGGUGACUGGCGGCGACCAGGGCGAAUACUCGGCUUAUGUCUCUUAUCAGAUCGCCGUGGAUUGA